UGAAUAGGGAGUGUGGUGCGUGUUGCUAUGAUAAUGGCGGGAUUUCGUAAACAAGAAGUUUCUUUGAAACUUUUCUGAACUUAUUAUCUGAAUUAAAAUAUUUUCUCAUCAACUAAUACGUAACCUGAACUGCAUGUCUUAGCAAAAACAAGGGAUUUAGUGAAAGUUCACCGGUCAGGAUGUCGGUUAAUUCAAAGUGGCGGUUACCUGACGUUUUUUGUGAUAAUGUGUUGAAUGGAUGUGGGAAUUACAUUUAAUUCGCAGUGCGGGAAUGGGUGAAUGAAUAUUUCGGAACUAAUAUCGAGAUGCCUUUCGUGCCACGUGCGGUCGAACCUAAGUAUUUGUCACGGACAAGUUUGCGAGACGAAAAUGGAAAGCCAAAAAUUGCCGAUGAAGAAUUACAAGCUGUAACUAACUGCACUUUGACGAAUGCGCUCAGACAGCUCGCCUCGCUCGUGCUUCUUGCCGAGGAUAUAUUCAGCGAGCUAACAGAGCAGCUGCAAGAGAUAACAAUACGGUCUAAGGCGGCACAGACGAAGAUCGAAAAAAUCAACGAAGUGGUCAUUAACUUUGACCCGAAGAAAGUGCCAGUCCCGGAGGGGAGCCUGUCCGACUUUGCUGUUCGCAAAGUCCAUUACACGGCAAGCAAUCCCCAUAAAAAUGGCCUAUUCGUUCCCGACACGAGGCCGCCAAGUCUACGCAAGCUGUACGAAAAGGCUACCACAGACAGAAUUUCUAUUGCCAUACUGGAUCAAAUGCGGAAAGAUUCGCACCAUUCCCCAUAUUUAUUGUGCACGCCGGUCCUUAGCAACAAACGUAGAAAAAUCUACCAGAAAGUAGACGUCGAAAUCGAAACACAUAUUCCGUAUGUAGUCGAACAGCUACGGAAAUGGACCUCAAAAGAAGCAAUAGGAGACGUUACAGCCCUCCCAGAUGCUUCAAUGAGAAUAGCGAGCAGUGUAACAUUAACUCCCGACGAAUUGUCAGAAUGCGGAUCAGGCGACGACGAGCCCAUAGAUCACAAAUUGCCAAGUCCCGAGGAACAACUCAGAGUCAUCGCUAGCAAGUUUCCACCGGAAUUAGUUGCAAUCGACACCUCGGGCAAGUUCUUCGACCGAAUGUGCAGUUCCCGGAAAUCUCUACACAUAGAGAGCGGUAAUGGUGAAACUGACACCGUGAAACGACGGACUAGGCCGAGAAAGCCACGGGGUAAAAGACGAAACACCAUUUCGGGCACUGAUCAGAAAGAGCUUAGAGAGGCUAUAGCUGGCGAUACAACAAAUGCUGUGGCUUCUGAAGAAGUUGAAGAAAACAACACUGUCAUCAGAUCACAGUCUAGCGACUUACUUAAGAAAAGUCCUAUUGACCCGGUAACGAAAAAAGGACACUUCAAUUCACUAAAACAAUGGGGAAAAAAUAGACUGAAAUUGAUUGGUAGAUCUCCAAGCGCCAGUAGAGAUAGUUUUAAAGACACUACUAAAUUUGAUAAAAGUAAAGAUGUAAAGAUCCUCGUAAACCAAGACGUUGUUUCUGUAUCGGAAAGUGUGACAAUGCGUAAAAAACGAGACGGCAGUGAAGAGAGAAGGUCGCAUCAGAGAUGUGCCUCAUAUUCGUCCUCCGAAAAAAGCAUUGGAGUACCUGCCGCCGUUCCUAAUACAGCCACAAUCAACAGUGGAGUCAAACUUAGAACUACUUCUGUUCAACGACGUCUGAGACGAUCGGGUAUUGGUAAAGACGAACCACAUUCGUCGAGCGGGAAUUGGUCAGCCAGUUCUGAAUCCGGUCGAACUAGCAUAGGGUCAGAAAUAACAUCGACUACUGUUCCACCCAAAAGUACAACAUCCGCUGCCACAUCCAAUAAUUCACUAAGCGGCCAUCACGGCCCUCCUAGUUCUAUAAUAAGUCGUAGACGUUUUCCAAACACAUCUGGCUCUGGAAGUGUAACCAGUGAGGGUACUUUAACACCCGAUAUUAUUCACGAUCUACAUGAAGAUAUAGAGACAAGUUCUGAAUUUUCAUGUGACACAGAAGGAUACUACACUUCCUUUCACAUGGACUCGGGCUUAAAAACAUUAAAAGAAGAAGACGUCAUACCUAGUACACCUCUACAUACGAGCAAUGCUUUGUCAAAUUCGUCAAAUAGCCAAACGAUGACUGCAGAAAACGAAUAUGAAUUAUUUGGCAAAGGCUCAACAAGUACAACAACCAGCUCAGCCGGUACUGUUUGUACAGCACUCAUGGCGGCUGGUAGUGAUCGAUCUUUAGUAACAAGUCCAACGGUACCGGAACGAAAGAGUUCCCUUACAAAAAUAAACAGAAGUCGAAACAAUACAUCAUUAGAAAGGAACAUAAAUUCAUCGUUCUCAUCUAACUCACCAUUCAAUAAUAUGAGAUAUAAUUCCGUAAGAUCAUAUGCGGAAAAAAGAAUCUCUAAUAAUACGUCUCCUGAAGUUAAUGUGCCCACUUCAACUAUAACAAUAACAAAUAAUGUGGGAAGGGAAAUUACGGCAGUUGCGGAAGUCCACACCGAAACAGAAGCGGAGAGUACAAAGAAAAGUACUGGUACGAGUUCGCCAGAUUCUGGACAUAAUACUUCAAGUUCGCCCAUUGAAGAUUCUAUAUCGAGUGCUCAUGGAAAGAACAGUCUUUCUGAACAAGAUUACUCAGAAUCUUCUGAUCUUGAAGGAACUGAAAGAAUUGAAAGAAUUAGGUAUAAAACGACAAUAAACAGCUCCCGGAUUCCAUCUAUGUGUGUCAUUACUCCAACGAACUCUGAUGAUGAAAGCGAAACCAGUAAUAAAGAUUGUGAAGUCACAGAGAGUAAAAGCGUUGAGAAAUUAGGUAUUACAGAGAUGCAGAUAAUCGCAAACAGGCCUAAGUUAGAAUUACCGACCGAUGAAAAAUCAAGACUUUCCACAAACGUAGCCAAACCAAAUUUCAAACCAACUAGUCAAAUCAAUUUAAAAACAUUACAACCUCUGAGCAAUUUAAUGUGCAAACUGAAGGGUGUUCUACCACAAAAGUUGUCUAAUAAAAAAUCGCCAGUUACAAGAGAACCAGAUUUCAUCGCUGACAUCUAUGAUAGCGGUGAUUACGUAACUAUUGCUGACGUAAAAAAUAAUAAUCAAUCAUUGUCUUAUAAUAAAAGUGUGUACGGCAAUAAUGAUAUAGUUAAAAAGAAUUUACAAACAGUUCUCUCAGGAAAGUUACCCGACACUGAGUAUGUUUCACUCAACGAAUUACCCAAUUGCUUAAACGAAGGAAAAGAUUAUCUAGAACAUGGCUUUGAAGAUAAACGCUCUCCGGCAUUAGAAGAAAUUCAAAAGAAAGGAGCUAAAGUUACGUUAGAUUCGCAAGGACAAGUCAUUUUUUCUUCAGACACUUUACGGCGACGAAAAGGUGCGCACACAACCUUUGAACCCGGCCCGUUUGUACAAGAAAUAAGUCCUACUACGACUAUUAUACAGCGAGAGACAGCUGACAUUGUGAAAGUUAUUGAUGAAACCGACUUCCCGUGCGAGAAACCAUCAAGUAAACCAACUUCACCGCAAUUAGGAAAAACGAUCAUAAGAGCACCAGCAGAACGAGACGGACCUGUUACUACCGAAUUUAUUACUCUACCAACGCCCAAACCUAAUACUAUCAUAACCGCCUUACCCGUUACCGAAACACCUAUCUUAGCUUCACAUCAACCGCCAAAAACACAUAAAACGGAACAGGAUUUACCGCGAAUAGUAGAAGCAAUCACUAGAACAGGAGCGUAUGUUAAUAUACACGACGCGGAAGGAGUCAGCUUAUCUCCGACGAAAGACGAUUCAGCAGACUAUCGACAUUCCAGUGCUGACAAAGCCUAUUUGAAUAUUCCGCACAAUCUAGUGCAAAGCGAAGGGCCUACUGUCGAUAUGAAUGCGAUCAACCCCACGCUGCACAAAUACAACACAGCGCAUCUCCGCGGCAAACAUGACGUCAUUAAUUACGAUAACUCUUCUAAAAACCAAAAGGAACAUCAACGAUUCUGGACUCUUCCAAAGCGAACAGCGGAGACAAAUCAAUUAAGACCGACCUCCUCUAAUCUCAAGCAGGAUCCAGGUCAACUUUCUGCCGGUAAUUCCAUAAAAAUAUCACCAAUAGAUCCCAGAGCGUCUAGAUCUUUCAAAUCAUCAACUCCGUCCAACAAAGAAAACGUUGUUGAUCUCAGUUGCAAAUUGUUAUCGCCCGUCAAAUCAACGAUGACCAAUGAAGAACUUUACGCUGUUAUUCAUAAAAGUAAAAAGAAAUUGAACAUUAAAGACGCACCGGAAAGAGCAGAAUCGCCGGCCUUAUCAAAUAUAAGUUUAUCCCCGGUUAGUUCGGAAACCUCCCUACAUACAAAAGGCAGCCAACGUUAUCCCGAAACCGGCUACUUAGGAGAUCCCAGAAACAGAAUGAGUUGGUCGCCGGCCGACAAACUUCCGACGAGUAAUUUGGGUUACGGAUUCAAUUUUCAAAAACAAGAUACUACAUGCGCCGACAGGUACGGCCCGAUUUCUCAAACAUCUAGAUUGGAUUUCAAAAAACUUCUACUCCAACACAGCGUAAAAUUAAAUACAUUGAACCCGCAGACUAAAGCAAAUAAACUGUCCGCUGUCGAACAACUAAAACUAUCGAAAGACAAUAAUCCAAUUCAACCUAUACAAAAAAUCACUAACAAAUCACAAGUCAAUAUUUUAGAUCUAAGUGGAUCUCCAAAAACAUACGUACAAAGAAAAGUAAUCAAAUCAAACUCGCAACCAGCAUCUCCCGGAAGAACAGCAGCAUUGAUAAAAGAGCAUAAAAAUACGCCUAAAAUAUUACAUUCUCCGAAAUCUCAGUGGAGAUUUUCUAGUCCCAGAUCAGAUGUUUUAUCCACACCUAUUCCCGAAGCUCACAAUGAAGACGAAACCUCUAAUAGUUCUGGAGAAAAAGCGGAUGUGUCUCCUAUAAAUAUUCCGUCUAAUACUGUAUCUAUAGUCACAAACCAACAUUUCGGUGCACGAAGAAACUUAAUACCGAUAAAUGAAAGUCCUGCUGAAACUGGAAGUAGUAUUCAUGAAUCAAUACAUCAAGGGGUGUUCCCUUUAAAUCCAGAGUUUAGAAAACAAUUAGGACCAUCCAGAUCGGAAAUAAUUCAAGCAAAACGUGCGGAGUUCUUCAAAAGCCCACCCGAUCAAUCACCCCCGAAGUUCACUUCAUUUAAAAAUCCCAUUCCAGAUCCUUUGCCGAACACCCAAAACAAAUCGUCUCCAGAAAAAGGAAAACCUUCACCCAGCACUCUAGAAACUGCUUUAUGAUAAAAAGAAAUCAAUCUUUAUAAAACACGACCAAUUAUGAAUUUCAAUUUUUAUGAUUCAAUAAAUUCUACUAUAAAAAAACAAAGUGACAACAAACACUUUGAAGUGAGGUGAAAUUUAUAGAAGCUUUAAUCUAGUCUUUACUUUGCUAGCAUUUGUAUUUCAUGCACGAUACCCCCUACCGAUCCCAAAACCAGUGUUUUACAUUAUAACAAGAAAAUGAGCUAAAAUUUUUAUUUUGUUUUAUGGGGCCAAUUUAUGUUCUCUGAGUAUUAACUAUCAACUACGUGGUUAUAAAACUUAGAAAAUAAGUUAUUUAUUGAAUAUUUAAGUACUUGUAAGUAGAGUUUUAAACUAUUUCAGUUUUUAAAUUUCGGAUAA